AAUCCAAGCCAAAUAUAAUGGUUCGUUAGACGCCAUCCGAUAUUGGAAAAAACCUAAUUUUAAGAAAAUUAAAAAACGUUUUUUGUUGAUUAGAGAAACGCGAAACUCUAAAUCGUUCAGUGACGCAUGUAUUCCGAUUACACAUGGAAUCCAAGCCAAAUAUAAUGGUUCGUUAGACGCCAUCCGAUAUUGGAAAAAACCUAAUUUUAGUAAAAUUAAAAGAAAAGUUUUUGUUGAUUAG